UCUGAAAUACGGUGUUGAUAUGGCUGGGAGAGAUGAGUACCGAAUAUUUGUGGGUGGGUUAUCGUGGGAAAUCACGGAGCGUCAGCUUGAGAAUGCCUUCAGUCGAUUCGGAAAGAUUAUCGAUUCUCAGGUUACCCUUUGUGAUUUACUUUUUGAUUUUUGGUUUGAUUUGUGUGGCUGGAAAUCGAAGAAACUGAGCACGUUGGAAUGAGUAAUUAAUCUGUUUCUGAUAUGAGAAGGAAAUUGAGGAGAUUUUGGAUUAAUUCGGUUUCAUUUCAGUGUUAUUGAUCUUAUGGAAAAUAUAAUUUCUGAAUUUCCACUCCCUUCCCUCUAAAUAACCUUGCCCCUGUAAGUUUAACUAUUACUUUCAGCUUUUUUUUUUAACCUUUAAUUUGUCUCCGUCCUCUUCUCUUUCUGAUGAAUGUUUUUUUCCCCUUGUGAAUGAGGAUGCUGUUAAUGAAAUUUUUGGGAAGCGGUUUAACUGUUCAUGAGAAGUUGAAUGCAUCAAGAUGCUGAAGGUCAUAGGGUUGUACGUUGGUUAAGCCUUAUCUGUUUAAGAUCUGCUGGUUAAGAAAAAGUACUAUCAGUCUGGAAAUUUGGAAUAUGGUUGGCGGCAAACUCAAUCUUGUUCUCUAGCUGAUUGGGGUUUGGUGGGAUUUUAGUUUGCGAACUCAGUGACUAACUUGUUCUGUGGGAUAAAAGUACUCGUCAUUCUUUUGCGACAGAUAAAUGAUUUAAUACCAGAGUAACUAUUAACAAGUCAUGUGCUGAUACCUGCUCGAGCAUACCUUCCUGUCUUAUUGUUAUUUGAUGCUUUUGAAGAAGAAACUGAAGUCACUAAAAUGUUGUGUAUUCGAGAAAUAAAAUGUUCUAGUAUUUGCUUGGAGAAUUUUAUCUUUCUCUGGAUGAUUAUUAAACCCUCCAUCUUAUCCUUGGCUUACCCUACUUUCCAAUGGUAUGACUAAAAUUUAAUGAUGAAGUUAUGUGGUUACAUGAGAUGAUGUACCUGGGGCAGAAGUUCUGGGCUAGACUACCAUAUUGACUCAGAUAAUUGGUUUGCUAAGUCAUCUAAUCACAGAAAAGUUCUGUAGACAUUUGUCAUUGGAUGCAAAAUUUUGUUGUCCAAAGAUUGUUUCAUACUACUGGCUGCUUCAUUGUAAUGUUCUCUUCGUUUCCCUAUCCUUUACUGUAAUCAUUAGCAGAGUGAGAGAUAGCUGGUUUUUCAUUUGCUAGUUUCACUGGUGUUGAGAGUUGUCAGUGUUCUAAGAUGAAGAAUACGUUGAAUUGGUGCCUCCUUUUUGGCUAAGAUUUAUGAUACCGUACAAGGUGCAGUGUUUGGAGAUCAAUAGCCAUUUUAUCCUUUUGAGUAGGCACUGCUUCUUUGAAUUCAUUUUGCUGAGGUAAAUCAGAGUUCCCUACUUGUCCAGGCAUAAUCAGAAAGUUGUUCGUAUUGGUUUUUGUUCAGCAGUUGAUGUGGCUAGAAAUUGUACUAGCAAUUCCAGGCUUAGCUGCUCAGACAUUUUCCGAAGAAUUGGCCAAAAUGCAUUUGUAGUCUUUAGUUUGACAUAUUUCCUUGUUGUACAAAGAUAGCUGAAUUGUAAAUGUCAGUUUGAGUGCCUUCUCUUAUCGGUUGUUGUCAUCUCUGGUGAAAAUGUUAAGAUACUAUACAGUGGACAUGGAGAAUGGACGUUGACGUGGUUAUUAUCGCCAUUUGUACUUUCCAGAUCUCUAAAGGCCUCUGAUGCUGGAUUUCUUUCUGUUUGACCAAGCAUUAUGGAUAUCUAUUUGUUGGGUAUAGACUGCAGCAAAGCAAUUGGAUCUGAAGCUAAAUUUGAGUGUCUUUAGGUGCAGUGUUGCAGGUUGGGUUUUUUAUGAGUUAUUUAGAGGAAUGGAUUUAGGUUGUGGCAACCUGAGAAAUUAUGGAGCUUUAGUUUUCCAUCCAUUGGUUUUCAACCUUUUCCCGUUGUUUGAAGUUGUUCCUUGAGAUCGGUCCAGAAUUCUGCUAUUUUGUUUUCCUUUUUUGUGGUGUGCUAGUUCCCUCAUUUUAUACUCGUUGACAGUAUUUUGUGUUAUCAGAGUUUGAAUUCCUCGAUUAUUGAUUCUAUUUAAACUUAAGAGGGGUUGAAUAUGUACCUAGUUAAGUACGGUUGCCAUGCAAGCUGUUGUCUGUAAUCAAGUUUUCUAGUACAUCCUCUUGUCCACAAACUGCUGACGGGAUCUCAAUUACAGAAUGUGCUGGCAUCUCCAACUUGCCUAUGUCUCCUAGAGCAUUCAUCUUGGAAGAUGUGUUGCUUAAGGAUUCAUCUUUCAGAUUUAUUCCACCAUCUAUUUCAGAUCUCAUCCCAAUAUGGUAUUGAUAGCAAGAUGGCUAUAAAAUUCUUGUGUUUCCCUUGUGUGUUAUUUGUUGAGGUUAACAAAUCCCGGAAUAAUACACAUAUCCAGUGAAGUGUUUGUACUGGGUUUUUUUGAGUCAACAUUGGAUUUGAGUGCCAUUUUGGAUGCCUGACUGCACAGAACCCAUGUAGCAAUUUUUUUUGUGGAGUUGUUUCUUUUGAAUAAAAGGGGACUAGAGGUCUAAGAUACUCCCACUUCAGAAGAUAGAGAUAAAGACAUGCAGGUUCUUUUGUUUUGUUAAGGAAUUAUGUAACAUGUUGCAAUGAGUUCUUCAUAAAUGGAAGAAACAAAUCAUGUUGGAAAAAAAUACAGGGCGCCCACGUGGCUUUGGGUUUAUCACGUUUUCAGAUCGACGGGGAAUGGAUGAUGCUAUCAGAGAGAUGCAUGGACAGGAAUUUGGAGAACGAAUCAUUUCAGUGAACAAGGCUGAACCUAAAAUGGGAGAAGAUAUGGACCACGGUUACAGGGGGGGAGGCUACUCAAGUGGUGGCAGGGAUAGCAGCUAUGGUGGUGGAGGAGGAGGAGAUAGAUCUGCUAGGCAAGAUGAAUGCUUCAAAUGUGGACGUCCUGGACACUGGGCCAGAGAUUGUCCUGUGGGCGGUGGUCGAGGAAGGGGAGGAGACUCAUUUCUUUCACGUCCUCGACUUGGGGAUAGCGAUUAUGGGGAUCGCUUUGCUGGAGAUAAUAAUCGUUAUGUGGAUGAUCGUUAUGAAGGUGGUGGACGCCUUGGAGAUAGAGAUCGUUUUGAUAGCAGCAGGGACAAAUAUGGGAGUCGCGAUCGCUAUGUUAGUGACAGGUACCCACCUAGCGGAGACCGCUUUGGAAGCAGUAGGUACAACAACGACUCUGGUCGAUUUCCCGUAAACAGCUUUGGUAAAGAUAGGGGCUAUUAUAGAGAUGGUGGACCUCGUGGGGUUGAUAAGUACGAAAGCAGCGGUCCAGCACGCAACGAGGGAAGAAGCUACAGGAACAGACCAGCUCCUUACGAUCGCCCUAGCAGAGCAGCAGGGAGGCCAUCAUCAUUUGAUCGUUAUUGAAUGUUGACAGUUAGCAACAUUAUCAGUUUUAUCUAGUAAGUACUACACGCACGGUGUCGUCGAACUUUUAGUCAUCUAGGAUAUAUAGUUACUGUACCAUGGCCUGCCAGCUGAUCGCUGCUGUUUCAUCUUGCUUUCAUGUAUCUGAUAAUGGAAAGAGAACUGAUUUAAGUUGACCCUGAAAUGUUGAGCCGAAUCUUCGAGGACUCGAAGCUCGUUCGAUUCAUAAUAUCCGUUAACGAAUUAGGAAAUUAGGAAAUAGAAGUGUAGAAGUCAGAGGGCACCCUACAUGAAAGGGGCAUGAAUGGCAGACCAGAAGUCUCCUCUCAGUUAAGAGUGGAAAGGUAAGAGAGGCCAUUAAUGGAAGAAAACUGGUAUGGUUUGGCCCACAACUAUUGGAAUUGUCGACUUGCCUUUAAUCCAUCCCCCACUGUCUUGACAUGUACUUGCAAUGGCACUAUCUUCGUCGGCUCUUGUUCA